GGGAAAAAUCCAGCGAUGCGGAGGAGGAGCCGAGCCGAGCCAGCUAUGAAAACCGGAGGGAGGAGUCCUCCUCUUCUUCCUCCUUCCCCUCCGCUCCCGAUAAAUCGGAACAAUCUCGAAGCAUCCGCCCGUCUCCGCCUGCUCCUCCCACCACCACCACCGCUGCUUCCCUUCUCCCCUCUCGCCCGCCGCCGCCUCGCCGCGACGCGCAUCGGCGCCGCCCCACGACCGCAGCAGAGAAGCCCACCACCACGCGCGGAGCGGCCGAGGAGGCCUCACCACUAUUGGUGCGGGAUGGCGGAGGUCGCCGCCGGCACCGGGCAGCUCAUUGGCGUCGCCGUGGCCACGCUCCUCGCGGCGAUCUUCCUCGCCGCCGCGCUUCUUGGCAGCCGCCGGCGCCGGCGGCGGGCGCCGUUGGCAGGGAAGCCUGCGGCCGUGGGUGGCUGCGGGGUGGCCGACGGCGAAGGGUGCGGCGGGGAUGGCCGGACCGACGUCAUCGUCGUCGGAGCCGGGGUCGCCGGAUCUGCGCUGGCAUACACGCUCGGAAAGGAUGGCCGUCGUGUGCAUGUUAUAGAGAGAGACCUAACAGAGCCUGAUAGAAUUGUCGGUGAACUGUUACAACCUGGUGGCUACCUGAAAUUGAUCGAGUUGGGUCUCGAGGAUUGUGUUCAAGAAAUAGAUGCUCAGCGUGUCCUUGGUUACGCGUUAUUCAAAGAUGGGAAAGACACAAAACUCUCCUAUCCCUUGGAGAAGUUCCACUCAGAUGUUGCUGGUAGGAGCUUUCACAAUGGACGGUUUAUACAGAGGAUGCGCCAGAAAGCUGCAUCUUUGCCUAAUGUUCAAUUGGAGCAAGGAACUGUUACAUCAUUGGUUGAAGAAGAUGGUACAGUUAAGGGUGUUAAAUACAAGACCAAGUCAGGUGAAGAAUUAAAAGCAUAUGCACCUCUGACAAUUGUAUGCGAUGGCUGUUUCUCAAACCUUCGCCGCGCCCUUUGCUCUCCAAAGGUUGAUGUACCAUCUUGUUUUGUUGGGCUGGUCCUGGAGAAUUGUCAACUUCCUCAUGCAAACCAUGGCCAUGUUGUCCUGGCCAAUCCUUCACCUAUCCUAUUUUACCCAAUAAGCAGCACUGAAGUUCGCUGUUUGGUUGAUGUCCCUGGUCAGAAGGUGCCUUCCAUAGCAAACGGUGAAAUGGCAAAAUAUCUCAAAACAGUGGUUGCACCUCAGAUUCCUCCAGAAAUCUAUGAUUCAUUCAUAGCAGCCAUUGAUAAGGGAAGCAUAAGAACAAUGCCAAACAGGAGCAUGCCGGCUGCUCCACAUCCAACCCCUGGUGCACUUUUGAUGGGUGAUGCAUUCAACAUGCGGCAUCCUUUGACUGGUGGCGGAAUGACUGUUGCAUUAUCUGACAUUGUUGUGCUACGUAAUCUUCUCAAGCCUCUCCGCAAUCUGCAUGAUGCAUCUGCUCUUUGCAAAUACCUUGAAUCAUUCUAUACACUGCGGAAGCCGGUUGCUUCUACCAUAAACACAUUAGCUGGUGCUCUAUACAAGGUUUUCAGUGCCUCACCUGAUCAGGCUAGGAAUGAGAUGCGCCAAGCCUGCUUUGAUUACUUGAGCCUUGGAGGUGUCUUUUCAAAUGGGCCUAUUGCUCUUCUGUCUGGUCUGAAUCCUCGACCAUUGAGUUUAGUGGCACAUUUCUUUGCUGUCGCUAUCUAUGGUGUCGGUCGCCUAAUGCUUCCCCUCCCUUCACCUAAACGCAUGUGGAUCGGCGUAAGACUGAUUUCCAGUGCAUGUGGUAUAAUUUUCCCCAUCAUCAAAGCUGAAGGUGUGAGGCAUAUGUUCUUCCCCGCCACUGUCCCUGCCUAUUAUCGUGCUCCUCGUCCAAUGGAGUAAGGGGGGAAAAUGAAAGGAGAAGCGAAGAGAAAAUCCCUGCCACUGUCCUGAUCGGCGGAUGUUUUUCGUGGAUGGCAAUUUUCCUGUGUAAUUGGUAGUAGUCGUCAGGCCGUGAGGUUGUGUGUGCUGUUGUUCUAAUGGAACGAGGGGACCUGUAUACACCGUCACAUUCCCUGUACACUUGCCACUUUCGUUGUUCCGUCAGGGAUGCAUGUCGACUGCUAAUCCUUAAGCUGUAUAUCCCCCAUGAAUUCAUCAUGAUUGCGUCUUUGCUCUAA